AUGCGUGCGGUAUCAUUUGGCACUGCAGGAAUGGUCCUAGGUCUUUCCGCUGGUCCAGCUAUUCAGGCUGUAUUCACCCCUAUAGGAGAGGCUGGAUUCACAGUGGGAUCAGUAAUCUUCAACAUGUACACGUUGCCAGCAUUCUUCAUGGUUAUCCUCUCUGUCGUUUCGUGCUUCAUUGUUCAAAUCUUUUUCGAAGAAAUAUAUGCUGGAAUACUGGAAGACGAAGAUAAGGAUAACGGUGAGUCAGGCAUACAUCUAUUUUGCUAAGG